AUGCAGGUGGUAAGACUACAGCAGCAGAAAGGAUUGAACCCUAAGGUUUUAAAGUACAAGGGUCCUGUACAUUAUGCUUGUAAGAUCAUCCGUGAAGAAGGCAUCCUUGGUCUCUGGUCAGGGGCUGCCCCGACUGUUUUGCGCAAUGGGAUAAACCAGGCUGCCAUGUUUACGGCCAAGAACUUUUUCGAUGGGGUCUUGUGGGGAAAACGCGAAGGUGAUGGGAAGGUACUCGAACCAUGGCAGUCUUUGAUAUUUGGAUUUCUUGCAGGAACUGUUGGGCCUUGCUGCACAAGUCCAUUUGAUGCUGUAAAAAUGAGGCUGAUGGCUCUGAGCCGAUCUGUUGGUGAGUUGAAGUAUAGAGGCAUGUUUUAUGCUAUAGCAACCAUAUAUAUGGAGGAAGGGUUGCUCGCCUUGUGGAAGGGGACUGCUGCCCCGGCUAAUGAGAAUCCCACCUGGCCAGGCGAUCAUGUGGGUUGUGGCUGA